AUGUGCGGUAAAGCUGGCUGCUGCUGUGUUUUGCUAAAGCUGUCAUGUGUCGUUGAACGGCCGAAGUUUCGGGUUCCAAUGCGCGGCUAUGAACGGGUCGGCAGAAGGUUUCGGCCUGGGCUCGGUGUUGUCCCGACCACUUUCGGCCCCUGGCUGGAUUUGGAAGAAAAGCCAAAGAAGUUUGUUCUCCACUUCGUCAACGCUGUGACUGGGACGACAUGGAGGAUCUGUCACACGCGUGGGAGAAGUACAUGGACUGCAGGCUACAGGGAGCUGACCUGCAGCCUCCUGGUAUGUGCAGUGACCACCCUAUUUACCCUACCCACCCAUCAUCCCCAUACUGCUGGGGUCAGCCUCCAGAGUCUUGAGGAUUUCCUCUGUCUCUUUCACUACCUGCAGCAUCACUCCAGUUGUAACACCAAAGAUGCACUGAAGUUCUGGCAUAAUCGUGCAUCUUUACAAUUUCACCAAUACAACUACAUGCAGCACUUUGUGGACGCAACCAUAUGUGCUUUCAUUGAAUUUUGCUCUGCUAUGCAUAAUUUCUUAUCUUGCAGGAUGAUUAGAGACCUUUUUGUUAGCUGCAAUGGGCUGAACCAGGUGACGGAGCUGGUGUACCUUGACCAGACACGUUCUCUGGCUUUAAAGGUGUUUGAGACCCUAAUAAUAGGCAUUGAACCCCAGCAACUAGAUGGGGUGCUUCAGGAGCUGGAGGAUCCUAAUGCUGAAGAAAGUGAGUCUGUCUUGGGCCUGACUGAAGAACUGGGGUCUCGAGGGUCUGGAGAGGGCCCACAGAGCCUCAGCAAGUUCUAUGAAGGAUUAAAGGAAGCAUAUCCCCGUCAUAAGUGCAGGACUGGGCAGGGUCGAGCACUAGGUCAUAGCCGAGCAGACACCCACCUCCAUGUCAUCAACUUGUUCUUGUGUGUGGCCUUUUUAUGUGUCAGCAAAGAAGGUGAUUCUGACCGUGAUUCGGCAAACGACUCUGAGGACACAUCUGGUUAUGACAGUACAGCUAGUGAACCUCUAGGAGGGCGACUACCCUACCUGUCCCCAGAUAGUGUGGCUUUGCCUUCCAAAGAUCAGGUUCACCGGGCUGCAGACAUUUGGUCAGUGUGUCGUUGGAUCUACUUGACCAGUGCUUUAUUCCAGAGGCAGUUCUACAGACUUGGAGGCCUAGAUGUCUGCUUGCGCCUUAUGGUCAUGGUUAUUCAAAAGCUUUCCUGCAAGACCAAAGAUGGGAAAUCUAAAAAAAAGAGGGAGGGCAAGAGCAAAGGCACCCCUGAAUCUGCUGCUCCAGCCUCCUCACAAGGCCUGGAUGAGAUGACUCGUGACUUUUCCGACAUUCUCAGCACAGGUCCAGCUGAAGGAAAGACCAAAGAUUCAACGAAGAAGAUGGAAGAAGAGUGGCUGCUACAAAGUAUUCGUCUUCUUGAGGCUCUGUUGGCUAUUUGUCUACACAGUGCUAACUCAACCCUACAAAAAGUAGAGCCUGAACUUUCUUUUCAGCUCCAGUCAGUGGAAGAGACCCUGUCUGAAGUAAGAGAUCAGCUCUCUCGCUCUGGUUUGGUGAACUCUGACCUUGCUGUACCCCUCUUCGACUCUCUGCUGAGAGUGGCUUUGGCUGAGGUGUCAAUUUGCCCUGAUCCACCAGAUGAGAAGCCAGACAGGGACAGGAAGCUCCAGUCAUUGGUGGAAGGAGUGGCUCCAGCAGGUGAUCUAUCUGAAGAAGUAGACGAGGUGCAGAGCUGUGGUGUCAAGCCCUCAGAGGAGGAGGAGGGAUACGACGCAGACAGUGAAAGUAACCCUGAUGACAUGGCCAAGCAGGAAGAGGGUGUAAAGGUGAAGUCUUCUGCGCUGCAUGAAUUUGCACCGGUGGCAGAGGGACCUGGGCGUGGUGUGUUGUUCUUUCCAGAGAUCUGCAUAAUGGAGUUGCAGCUUCUAGCCAUUGGCUCCCCGGAUAUGGAGGUUCUGAGUCAUGUGCUCCACAGUCUGCUUGGGGUCAUCCAUGCCAACCGCCGCAAUGCUGCCUUGCUCUAUGACCAGGGAGGAGUCAGAACCAUCCUUUCUGGUUUUAACAACAUUCUGAGCCAAUUGGAUCCUUCCUAUGAAGAUUGUCAGUGUGCGCUGGUGGAGCUGCUGGUUGCCAUGGUUAUCCAACAAAUUACAGCGGAGGAACUGGCCCUCUUGAUUCGGCUCUUCCUGGAGAAGACCCCUCCUACAGAGAUUUUGUUGAGAGGCAUCCUGCAAAUUGUUGAAGCCAACAUGUAUGUUGAGCCCCUUCACUUCAUCACCUUUCCAGUAUUUCUUGGAGCCUCAACACCAGGAGGGGUUUCUCCUGCCUCCAGACAGAAUGGUGCUGCUGGGGGGAAAAGCGUUGGGUUGCUCUGGAAGGGCAAAUUGUCUCCUGGACGCAGAGAGGGCGAGGGAGGUUCCCGACCAAACCACCUGCGCUCCUCUCCCUGGCACGUCGCUCCUCUCCACUUACCACUGGUAGGACAGAACUGCUGGCCCCACAUGGCCAGUGGCUUUAGCUCCUCAAUGUGGCUGUGGGUAGCAGAGCAGGAAGAGAAGGACUUGGAUAAAGGCAAUGAAGAAAAGAGUUCUCCUGCUGUUGACUCCCACCAUGGCAGCUCUCGGGCUGGUAUGAGAUCAGUUGAGGAAGGACUUGUUCAUAUUCUGUCCAUGGGCUCAAAGGCGUUGAUGCUGCAGGUGUGGGCAGACUUCUCCUUAGGGUCUCUCACGUUCAGGAUUUGUAUAGAUCCAAACGAUGAAAUUAAAGCAGGCCUGUUGGCUCAGGCAGACUCUGGUGAUGGUCUUCUGAGGCCGGGUCAGUGGCAGCACAUUGGUCUAACGUACACACAGCAGCCUGAGGGCAAGAAGAACAUUCAUGGCCAUGUGGCUGUCUGGGUGUGUGGCAUCAGGAAAUGUGAAGUUUCUCUGGAUUAUACGUUGCCUAGAAAGUCUAGUUUAUCUUCUGACAGCAACAAGACCUUCUGCAUGUUGGGCCACUGUGUGCCAUUUUCUGAGGAGCUGGCGAAGCAGGAUGGAAGGUGGAGCAUGGGCACUGUGCUUCUCUUCAAUGGUUCUAGAAUAGGAUCUGAGGAAGCCUUUUACUUGUACACUAGUGGGCCUGACCUUGCCUCCAUCAUGCCCUGCAAGUAUGGAAAGCCCAGUGAGACGCCAUCCAAAUUUGUCACUCAGGAGGGUUUGAAGUGUGAGCAUAUACAAGAACUACUAAUGAAGAACAAGGAUGUUGACACAACAGGUUUAGUUGAAAGCUUGGCAGUGGUGUAUGCCCCGAGCAGCCCCAAAGUCUACACCAUCUAUGAGCCUGUAAUCAGACAAGGUCAGGCCAAGACUGUUGUUACCCAGCGACCUUUCAGCUCCAAGGAGGUGCAGAGUGUUGCUCUCGACCCAAGGUGUCUCGAUGCUCUGCUACCUACUGAAACCUCCAGCUUACAGAGUGUCCUUCACAAAAGUGGAGGAACAGGGACAUUUGUCUUCCUCUUUGCACAGACCGUGGAGCUGACUGACUGUGAGAAGACCCAGGCUCUGGCCUUGCAGGUGUUGCUGUCUCUGUCCAAAUUCAACCAGCACCGGAUCCACGAGAUUGACUGUUACCAUGGAUACUCUAUGAUCCACCAGGUUCUCAUCAAAUCCAAAUGCAUUGUGGGAUUUCAUAUGCUUAAAACUCUGCUGGACGGGUGUUGUAGUGGACCCAUCCUUACUCUGGGUGAGGAUGGCCAGUUGCGUUUGGACACAGACACAGUUGCUGUGGUGCAGGACAUUAGGCUUCUCUCUGACUCUUAUUGGACUGGAAGAUCUGGGCCCAAGGCUGAGUGUGGAGUUUGGGAGACACUGCUUACUGCUUUAGAGAUUCUCAUCAGGGUUCACCAUCCCCAUCAGUCUUUACAUACGUCAGUUUCUCAAGGCCCAAAUGUGCAUCGGUUCCUGUUGACCUGCCAGGUCUUACAGGAACAUCGGGAGGAGCAUCUCACUGCCAUCCCACAGGAAGUCUGUUUGUCAUUCAUCAAAAUCAUUCAGGAGGUGCUAGGGUCUCCUCCAGACCUAGACCUGCUCAGGCUGAUCUACAACUUUCUGCUGGCUGUUCACCCUCCAACUAACACCUAUGUCUGCCAUACUCCAUCCAGCUUCUACUUCUCACUACACAUAGAUGGCAAGCUGUACCAGGAAAAACUGCAGUCUAUUAUGUACCUGCGACACUCUAACAGUGGAAAGUCCACCAGCAGCUCUGUGAUGUCGCUGUCUCCUACCAUCUUCACUGAUGCUCUCUCUGAAGGACAUCUGCAUGUGCCUUCCCCUGGACAUGUAGGUGAUGACCGGUCGUUCCGUUCCUCUAGUCUGGCUCCAUCUCCAUAUUCUUCCCCGUUGCUGACACCUCGAGUCGGACAUGGUAGCUUAAAUGAGGCAAGUGAAGGUGACGGGCUCUCACUCUCCACGCAGGAGGCUCUAAGCAGCACAGAGACACUCAAGAAGGGUGGGGGUGAGGAGCAGCUCCUUAGCAGCUGUGAAUCAGCCAAGACAAUCUGUGACUCUCAGGAGGUGGAUGGUGGAGCCCUAAGCACCCCGUCUAUCAGUGUAGAGGAGGAUCGGGACGAUACAGCAGAGGUGGACAGCCUGGCAGAGGGCAGUGUGGGGAUUGCAGAGUCUGAGGACAUUGAUUCAGCCAGCGAAGAGGCACUGCGGCGCCCCGACAGUCUGAAAGGCAUCCAGUCUUUCCAGAGCCACAGCAAUCUGACUAGUCUCGGUUUGGCCUUUCCAGCCCCAAGAUCCUUGACCAUUAGCCGAUGGCAAGUGCAGCUGACCGAGGCUCUGUACCUGAAGACUUGGGAGAGCUACACAUAUUCCCCUGGAUAUGAGAGGUCCCACAGCAAAACUGACUCACAUGACAGGGCCAGAACAGAGGACUGCCUGGUGCUGAUCUGCUGUGGCCUCUAUGAUCUUCUGAGGGGGUUACUGUUGUUGCCUGACCUUAUGCUGGAGGAGAUAAUGGACAAGCUCAUCCAGCCAGAAGCCCUCAUUGUUCUGGUCAACCAUUCCUCACCCCUCAUCCAGCAAGGCGUCAUGAAGCUGCUGGAUGCUUAUUUCAGCCGAGCCCUCAAGGAUCAGAAGGAGAAGUUCCUGAAGAACCACGGUUUCUCCCUCCUGGCAAACCAGCUGUACAUCCAUCAGGGCAGCCAGGGGUUAAUGGAAUGCUUUCUUGAGAUGCUGUUUGGACGGCCGGUGGGCCUCGAGGAAGAUCUUGAGCUGGAAGAAAUGGAAAACAUCUCGCCCUUCAGAAAGCGUUGUAUCAUCCCAGUCUUGGGUCUUAUUGAGAUCUCACUGUACGAGAACUCCUUGGUGCACAACAGCCUGUGUAUGUUGCUGCAACUGCUCAAUGCCUGCCCCAAGCUGGCAGACAUCCUGCUAGACCACGGACUCAUCUACGUGCUCUUUAACACGCUCUGCACCCUCAACGGCAUGGAGAAUGGCAUUCCCUUAAAUGACUAUAAACUGUUGGUGUGUGACAUCCAGCAGCUGUUGGUAGCUGUGACUAUCCACUCGUGCAGCUCUUCAGGGUCCCAGUACUUCCGCAUUAUCGAAGACCUCAUUACAUUACUGGGUUUCAUGCAGACCAGCAAAAUGUGCCGCACACAGGAGAUGGCAGUGGCUUUGCAGUUCCGUGUCCUUCAGUCAGCAGUUGAGUUUAUAAAGACUACAGCCAAUCAGGAACCCCAGAAGCUGAGCAGCUCCGUUACUGCACCAACCUCUCCACAUCAUGCAAUCUAUCAGAAGCGCAAAAGCAUUCCUGGUUCCAUACCUAUGAAAGACUCCAUUAUUCCUCGUAUCCCCAGACAGCACUUCUGCUCCUUUGGCCAGAUUCCCCUCUCCCCUCCUUUCAGCUUCCUGGGCCAGGAUUCCCGCUCCUGCUCCCCAGUUGGAGCACCAUCCUACAUAUUCCACUCUGAUGCAGGGCGACGCCGGUUCUCUCUUGCACAGACUGACUCCCUCCUGAUGAGAAUGCGCUCCGUAGCCAGCGAUGAACUCCACCAGAUGAUUCAAAAGAGGAUGAGUCAUGAAAACCCUAUUCGCCCCAGUGAGGCAGAGUUUGUCCAACGUUUACAGAAGCUUGUGGUCCUUGCUGUCAACAGACUCAUAUACAAUGAUGUGAGUCAAGACCUUUUUGAUUUGCUCAAUAUUCCUGACUCCCCUGAACAGCAGCUUUCCACACCAGAUCCAUGUGGGCAACCACAGGAUGAGAGCACCUCUGUCUCACACUCUCCUACUCACAUUUAUCCUGCCACCAGCUAGCAAAAGAGCUUUCAGAAAGACAUCCUCAAACUUAUGAUGGAUGGGAUCAAAAUCAGCCUGGGCAGUGCGGGCCGCGGUGGAGCUCCCAGUCAGCAGUGGCGAAAAAUUUUAUGGUCAUGUCGGGAUACUUUUAAGACUCAAAUAGGUCGCCUGCUGGUGCACACACUCAGCCCUGCACUUCCGUUGUCUGACCGGAAGGAGGCAUUGGAGUUUGUGUUUGAUUCUCGACAUCUGGAUAUCCUUAGAGAAAGCCUCAGUCCAGGUCUGGAGCACGGACCAAAGUUGUCUCUGUAUCUCUACGAGAUGUUGCAUGACCACAAGGACAAUCUCACCAAGGAGGAGCAGACUGCCGUGGGUGUAUUCAUGACCUCGCUCAAGCUUUGUGGUCAUCGCUGUAUCCUACCGAAUUCACCACAUAAACUAGACUUGCUCAAGGCCAUCAUAGAGGAAAAAAUCAAGUAUGAAGCUGAAGAGAAAACAAGUAAAGUGGCAUGGGAAAAGAAAAUGGGAAAUGCUCAGAGAAAUCUUAUUCAGAGACUGGAUGGAAAAUCGAAAGAUAUUUCCAAGAUUGCAGCAGACAUCACUCAGAAUGUGUCUCUACGGCAAGGCAUGGAGAGAAAAAAAGUCAUGGCACACAUCAAGGGUCUUUAUAAGACGGACCUCAGUGCCAGCCGCCAUUGGCAGGAGCUGGUUCAGCAACUCACACAUGACCGUGCUGUCUGGUAUGAUCACACAUCCUAUCCAACUUCCUGGCAGCUAGAACCCACCGAAGGACCCAACCGAGAACGGCGACGGCUGCAGAGAUGCUACCUCACCAUUCCCAACAAAUACCUACUCAAAGAUCGACGCAAAACUGAAGACACAAUGAAGCCGCCGCUGUCCUUCUUGUUUGAGGAUAAGACUCAUUCAUCAUUCUCUUCCACUGUAAAAACAAGGCCACUAGCGAGUCUAUCAGGUUUCACCAGACGGUGUGUGAGUGUUGCCCCUGCCAGAGAGACAGCAGGGGGAGCUCCUUCUGGGAAAGUCUGGAUGUACUUUGUAGAAGACAAUGCCGCUGAUGCUCAUGAUAACCAGAGCCUUCAUGGGGAGACAGAGGCACCUUCCUUUUUGACAUACGAGGAGAUCAAGGAGGUGCACAAGCGCUGGUGGCAGCUCAGAGACAACGCUGUGGAGAUAUUCCUCACCAAUGGACGGACACUACUAUUAGCUUUUGACAACACAAAGUUCCGUGAUGACGUCUUCCACAACAUCCUAACCUCUGAUCUACCCAACCUGCUGGAGCACGGAAACAUCACCGCACUCACACAGUUGUGGGGCUCAGGACAGAUCUCCAACUUCGAGUACCUCACACAUCUCAAUAAGCAUGCCGGGCGCUCUUUCAAUGACCUCAUGCAGUACCCAGUCCCCUUCAUUUUGCGAGACUACACCAGCGAGACCUUGGACCUGCAGGACCCAAACAUCUAUAGAAACUUGAGCAAACCCAUCGCUGUGCAGUCAAAAGAAAAAGAGGAUCGAUAUGUGCAUAAUUACAAGUACCUGGAAGAGGAGUAUAAGAAGGGCAUUCGUGAAGACGACCCUAUGCCCCCUGUCCAGCCAUACCACUAUGGCUCCCACUACUCGAACAGUGGUACUGUACUGCACUUCCUGGUUCGCAUGCCCCCGUUCACAAAGAUGUUCCUUGCCUACCAAGACCAAAGCUUUGAUAUCCCGGACCGGACGUUUCACUCCAUGAACACGACGUGGCGCCUCUCCUCCUACGAGUCUAUGACUGAUGUCAAAGAGCUCAUUCCGGAGUUUUUCUACCUCCCAGAAUUUCUGGUCAACAGAGAGGGUUUUGAUUUUGGUGUUCGUCAGAAUGGCGAGAGGGUAAAUCACGUGAAUUUACCCCCCUGGGCUCGCAACGACCCACGUCUGUUCAUCCUAAUCCAUCGUCAGGCGCUGGAAUCUGACCAGGUCUCACAGACUUUGUGCCAGUGGAUCGACCUGGUGUUUGGUCUUAAACAGAAAGGCAAAGCUGCAGUCCACGCUAUCAAUGUCUUCCACCCAGCUACCUAUUUUGGCAUGGAUGUGUCGGCUGUAGAAGACCCAGUCCAACGCCGGGCCCUGGAGACGAUGAUCAAGACAUAUGGACAGACACCCAGACAACUGUUCAGUGCCUCGCAUAUCAGCAGGGCAGGUUCCAGACUCAUGAUGGAGGGGGAACUGCCGGCCGCCAUGGGUCUGCUGGUUCACCUAGCCUUCAGAGAAAGCAGAGAACAGGCCAAGGAAGUAGUCUGCCCGAGCCCUUUACCAUGGAUCAAAGGUUUAAAGUGGGGUGAAUAUGUAGGGUCACCUAGUGCACCAGAUCCAGUGGUGUGCUUCAGCCAGCCUCACGGGGAGAGGUUUGGAUCACUGCUGGCUCUGCCCACACGAGCCAUCUGUGGCCUAUCACGGAAGUUCUGCCUCAUGAUGAUUUACAGCAAAGAGCAGGGUGUGCGGAGCAUGCACAGCACUGACAUCCAAUGGUCAGCCAUCUUGAGCUGGGGCUAUGCAGACAACAUACUGCGGCUGAAGAGCAAGCAGAGCGAGCCACCUAUCAACUUCAUCCAGUGUUCACAUCUGCACCAAGUGACCAGCUGCGCCUGGGUGCCCGAUGGCUGCCAGCUAUUUACAGGCAGCAAGUGUGGAGUCAUCACUGCCUACAGCAACCGUUUCACCAGCACCACGUCAUCAGAGAUGGAAGUGGAAUCUCAAGUGCACCUGUAUGGGCACACGGGGGAAGUCACCAGCCUGUUCGUCUGCAAACCUUACAGUGUCCUCAUCAGUGUCAGCAAAGACGGCACCUGCAUCCUCUGGGACCUCAACAGGCUGUGUUAUGUACAAAGCCUCACGGGUCACAAAAGCCCGGUGACGGCAGUUUCUGCCAGUGAGACCACAGGUGACAUAGCAACAGUUUGUGACUCAGUGGGAGGAGGCAGUGACCUGCGCCUGUGGACAGUCAACGGUGACCUGAUUGGUCAUGUGCACUGCAGAGAGAUCAUCUGCUCUGUGGCCUUCUCCAACCAGACAGAGGGCGUAUCUGUCAACGUCAUUGCUGGGGGACUCGAGAAUGGUGUCGUCAGGCUGUGGAGCACCUGGGAUUUGAAACCAGUACGAGAGAUCACCUUCCCCAAAUCAAGCAAACCAAUCAUCAGCUUGACAUACUCGUGUGAUGGCCACCACCUCUACACAGCAAACAGCGAAGGCACAGUGAUGGCGUGGUGCCGGCGGGACCAGCAGCGCAUGAAGCUACCGAUGUUCUAUUCUUUCCUAAGCAGCUAUGCUGCAGGAUGACUGUGUACGUUUACGACUCAGCUUUCUCCUCACUCCAGCCUCAGCGAGCGGAACCCCCCCUCCUCCUUCCAAGGAAAUGGAAAAAGACACGUCAGCACGGUCCGACUCUUCAGCUCCCCCUGGGCCCUCCCUGACUUUUAACUAAAGCCAACCACAGCGCUCCCAGCAUUAAGAAAUUAUAGUGAAAAUAACAUUACGUGUGUACAUAUAUUUAUAUUUAUAGACAUACUGAAGAGGAAUGAAAGAUGAUUGACUGAGGCUGCAGCAGACACUUUAUACACGAUGCGUAAUUUGUUUUUGUGCUAUGAUCUUUGCUUGAUGUCAUUUCUGGUGUUGAUUUUCAUUGUACCUGGUAGGCUGCUAUAUUCUGGCCAUGCCAGACCUAAAGUGUGACUCUCGCUCUCACCUCUGCAGUACGUCACCCACAGUGUUGCUGUCUGACAGAUCACUGCCCAUAUAUCACGCUGACGCUACAGUAGCCAUGAGGGAGCUCGUCUUCGUUGCCUGCAUCUUCUGUGGGAGUAAGAUGGCGAUGUGCUGUGGUACCAUGGUCCUGUAUCACUCUUGGAGUGAUGGGUUCAGUGUUAUUUUGGAGGGGGUGACUUUUUGCCUGUUCUAUUUUUGCAUGCUAGCACGAUGCUAACCUUGUUCAUGUAUCUGGAUAGGCCUGUCGUGAUACUCCUUUACGAUGGCUGUUUAACUUGAGCCAUUCCUUGGAUUAUUUCAUUCCAGAAUGAAAGCUUUUCCGGAGUUACCGGAUUUCUGAAUAUGGGGUGUGCUGCUAUGUAUACCUAACAUUGUUGCAUUGGCAUGACAACAUUGAAUCAUAUUAAAGAAAAUGCCAACCGUGGUUGAUGUGACAUCAUAUGCUGUAAUUAGCAUGGUCUUGGAAGGUCCCAUAAACAAUUUAGUGCCACCAGAUGUCACUAAAGCACCAGCAUCUCAGACCAAAACAUGGGCUUCCCUUCCUCCACUACUCCAUCCCUCCUCCACUGCUCAUCGAGGAGAAGAAACACCAGUUGAGUGAACGUGGAGCCAUUUACGAGCUCAGAGUUCUCCACAUUGGAAAAGCCAGAGUUACGUUUAUUCUAGUCCAACCAUGCUCUUGGUCAAAGGCCUUACUACCUUAUUCUAGAAAGAGGCUACUCUG